AUGGGUUGGUUUUGGCAGUCCUCGACUCCUCCGCCUACGGGCUCAAAUAGCUCACCAUCAUCGUCCCCAACUGCGGUCCGAACCUCUUCGUCGGCGACUGGGUCAUCUUCAUCCCAGUCCCCUUCCGCAACCAACCAGUCCAAACCCACAAACUCGAGUGACCGCGAGAUGGCCCUGUUCAUGGACAUGUUCAUGAAGGACGCUCAAAAAUCCUCCUCGCAGUCCAAUCCCAGCCAGAACCCACCACAGCCGCCGUCUCACCCCAACUCUCAAUCAUCAUCUUCCUCUUCCUCCUCAUGGCUGCCCUGGGCCUCCAACUCUUCCACCACCACCGGACCCUCCCAAGACCACCAACAACAACACCACCCCCAAGAAAAAGACACCCGCUCCCCCCACUCAAUCUCCAUGUCCGAGCACUCCCUCCCCACGACCCUCUCCUGCCGCGACGCCUUCGACUACGCCUGGCACUGCCACACCCCGGGAUCCCAAUGGAACGCCGUCUACCGCUACGGCACCGUCCGACCCUGUACCGAGCUCUGGGACGAUUUCUGGUUUUGCAUGCGCACCAAAUCCUUUUCGCCCGAAGCCCGCGCCGAGGCGAUUCGGGAGCACUACCGCGCCAAAGAGACCGCGAAAUAUGGACGGGGUGGGCCGAGCAGCGAGGAUGUUUGGGAGAGUCGGGAGGAGAGGGUGGUUGAGGGGACGGUGUUCCGGACGCCGUUUGAGGCGCCCGCGGUGGAUGAUGAUGAGGUUCGGAGGCAGGAUGCUGAGUGGAGGAGGGCGAGACGGGAGAAGGUUGAGAGAGAGAACCGAUGA